UCACCUAUGCUCCUACUAUAUAAGUAUACCAAGUAAACACCAAACCAAUUACGCAUUAUUAGCAACUCUUUAAUUUCCUCCUCCUCUGCAUUUCGUGCUCUUUUCUUUUCUUUCAGAAAAGACAAAGAAAAUAGUUAUGUUCUUGCUCAAGUUAAGAAAAAUGGGUUUGAUCUCAAGAGCUCUAGCUUCAGCAAGCUUCACCAGGGGAUUCUCUAAUCAUGGUGGAAGGUUGGAAGGAAAAGUGGCGCUGAUUACUGGAGCAGCUAGUGGGAUAGGCAAGGCAACAGCAAUAAAAUUUGUUGAAAAUGGGGCCAAGGUUGUGAUUGCUGAUAUUCAACACGAACUUGGCCAAAACCUGGCAAAGGAACUUGGUUCAAGUGCUUCCUUUGUAGCUUGUGAUGUUACUAAAGAAGCCGAUAUCUCCAGUGCUAUUGAUUUCUCUGUUUCCAGAUAUGGUCAACUUGAUAUCAUGUAUAAUAAUGCAGGGAUUGCCUGCAGAACACCGCCAUCCAUUACAGAUCUAGACCUCGAUGCAUUUGAUCGUGUCAUGUCAAUCAAUGUCAGAGGUGUAGUAGCAGGAAUAAAGCAUGCAUCACGAGUGAUGAUUCCACGUAAAAAGGGUUGCAUUUUGUGCACUGCAAGUGUUACAGGAAUAAUGGGUGGGAUGGCUCAACCAACCUAUUCUAUUUCGAAAUCAGCAGUGGUGGGAGUUGUCAAGUCCGUGUCAGCAGAACUGAGCAAGCAUGGGAUUCGGAUUAACUGCAUAUCGCCCUUCGCAAUUCCUACUCCUUUUGUUAUAGAAGAGUUGAGAGAACGGCAUCCUGGGAUCAAAGACGAAAUGAUAGUGAAGAUGGUACAUUAUGCUGGUGAGCUACAGGGGGCGAAUUGCGAAGAAAUUGAUGUUGCAAAUGCUGCUUUGUAUUUGGCAUCAGAUGAGGCUAAGUAUGUAAAUGCUCAUAACUUGGUUGUUGAUGGAGGUUGUACUUCUAUUAAAAACUUGCGUAUUCCUCCUCCGGAUCAAGUGUAAAACAUUUAAUAACAGAAAAUAAGGGCCUUUUCCCCCCUAUAUUUCUCUAAAAAAUUAAAACAUGUUACAAAAAAAAGGGGCAUUCCGAGAAUCGAACUCGGGACCUCUCGCACCCAAAGCGAGAAUCAUACCACUAGACCAAAUGCCCGCUUUUGUUAUUAUCUACUACUCCGUAUAAAGUUAAUUAGUAUAAAUUUGUAUAGUUUGGAAGAAAUUCAAACAUGAUUAAUUUGUUUUGUUUUUAUUUUUAUAUUGAAGUAUAUUUUUUUCCUUUUUGUAUUCAUAUGAGGAACAUUUGUCAAAUACUAUAUUUUUAAUUGUUUUUUUUUGUUAAAUUGAUUGCUAUUAAUUAUGCCA